AAUUUUUGGGAAUUCUAGCGUCUAAGUUGGGAACCUUUGUGUGAGAAAAUAUUGUUUUGGGCUUAAUAGCCAACAUUUGGAAACUUGAGGGACUUAAAAGAGGAAAGAAUUUGGAUAAGGAUGACUGAUUUUUUUCUCCUUUUCCUCUUUCUUCUUCAGCCCGAUUCUGCUCUUCCCGACCCCCUUUGCAGCCGAACAAGAAGCAAGCCCGACAGCAGCCCUCCCUUGAAGAAAAAUCGAAAUUCCAGAUCUGCUCUGUUCUUCCUCCCCUACUGUCGGUUCCAGCUUGGUGAGGGUGGGGAUUUUUCCAGUUUUCUGAUUUCUUGAUUUCUCCCCAAAUUGCCGCCGGCCUUCCCUUAGCUUGCAGCUCCGGUUUUUUCUUGCAAAAUUCUGCCUGCACUUGUUUAGACUUGUUACUUGAAUAGAAUUUUGUAUGCUCUUUUGCCACAAUUGUAGAAUUUGGGGAGUUGCAGAGAUCUUUUGUUAUUGAUUCUGUUGGUCUCUACAGCAUAGCUGGUUGAGAAAUUUGUUCUGUUUGUCACAUGACUAGUGGAAGAUGGGCAACCCUCUACUUUGUAAGAGAUUCAAGGCUAUUUUAGCAAAUGUUUUGUGUUUUCUAGAUGUGUUUUAGGAGCUGGAUAACUUGGUAAUUUCGCUACUCAUUAUCUUUUUGAAAAUCUUAUAGUGAAGUUUCACUUUUUCCAUUUGGAGCUUCAUGGUCUUUUCAUGUGGCUCAUUUUUCUAUAUUGGUUAAUAAAAAACAAUGAUCAAU